AUGCCGGAUAAUAUCGAUUCAAAUUUCAUUGAACCAGAUGUGUUUAGUGGCGGUAACAAGGGUACAUCUAGCAUGAGUAAUAAUGUCACAUCAGAUUAUUCAAAUCCAUUUUCUGCUUCUGGCAUGGAAACUACUCAAGAAGACAAUUACAUACCUACAGACGUUAGCCCCGUUGUCAAAAGAGGAACAUUAGAUGAGUCUGUAAUGGAAACUUUAUCAAAAGAUAUUCGCGAUAUUAUGGAAAGAUUAAAAUUAACAUUUACUCCAAUUUUAAGAAUAAAUAUCACAGAUGAUGAAAUCAACAGUUUAACAACAAGUUGUGAUAUGUGGACACCCCUUUUAUUUAUCAUAUUUUAUUCUCUUUGUGUAUCACACGGUAAAUCUAUCUUUUCCACUCUAUUUUUAUUUUGUUGGUCUAUGCUAUUCUUAAUGGGAUUACAUUUGAGACUGAUUGAACCAACCAGAAAGAUUUCCUUGAUUUCAUACUUAUCUUUAUGUGGUUAUCCUCUCUCCCUUAUAGCUUUAUAUUCUUUAUUGUCACAAAUUUUAAUUCCAAUAAUCAUAAAAAUAUCAUCAAAUUCCGCUCAAAACAUGAUAGUUAGAGCAUUAACUUUCAUAGAACUAAUUACAUUAGUCGGGACGGUCUUUGCAGCAGUUAAAUGUACUGCAUUCAUCACAAAAAGUAAAGGAUUUGUCCAAUUAUUCCCAUUGGGAAUAUUAUACCUAAUAUUAGGAUGGAUUGCAACAGUGUUAUAA